CACACUUUCUCUUCUCCAACUCCCCCCUCAGCUAAAGCAUUUUGUACAAACAUUCUUGUAGAGUCUCAUUGCAAAUAUGGUCAAAACAGUUGUUGCAACAGGCACCUCCUCAGGCCUGGGAUUCGAAGCUAUCAAACAGCUGCUUCAAGAGUCUGAGUCGUAUAAUUUUAUCCUGGGAGCGCGAGACACAGUCAAAACCCAGGCUGAGUAUGAUGGUCUCAGAUAUGACACCACGAAGCAUUCGAUUCGCAUUGUGCCAUUGGAUCUCUUAUCACUACAGAGUGUGCAGUCGUUUGCAAAGGAGGUCCUUUUUCAUCUAGGCUCUACCAAGCUGGAUUACUUGUUCCUGUGCGCAGGCAUGUUGGACAGUGCCAGUGGACCUGGUCCGAAUGGAUCGCCAUGGUGCGAAGGCUACGUGGUCAAUCAUUUGGCCCAGCAUUAUUUGGUUCAUUUGCUCCGUGACAGCCUGUCUACAUCUUCAUCACGACUUGUCAUUGUUUCCUCGGGCUCUAUCCGCAAUGUCAGAGGACAAGAUCCAUCAACACUUGAUGUAGACCUCAAAGCAAAAUCAAACGCGGGAGUUAGAGCGGUCUACAGCGCCUCCAAGUUCGUGCAGCUGCUGGGCGCAUUUUACUGGCGUCGCGAGCUUCCCUCGUGUACAGUCGUGGCUGUCUCGCCUGGCCUCAUUCCCAGCACCAAGCUUGCCACGAGCAUGGGCUUGACGAUGGACAUGGCCGACGCUAAGACUAUUCCAGAAGGAGCCCAGAAUCUUCUCCGCGCAUUUGCUGCUACCGACCUUCCGUCUGACCCAGAGCAGCUCUUCUUGACCAGUUGGGGAGAAUGGUGGCCGAAGGAUGUCUAUGCCCUUGCCCUUGACCAGGGGCUGCAGAAGAAGUGGUGUUUGGGCAGAGAGCAGAUUGAAAAGGAUGGAGGGCUUGCCGCGCAAGUGUAGUGUUUCCAAUGCUCAAACUGGAAAUCACAAUAAUGCACCACAAGUAUAUAUCUUGCUCUAUGCAUAUUGAGAUGUUACUCUUUUUGAAUCUACCUUUACAACUGAAGAUACUGACUAAACGAUCGAAAUUACACAGUUUGUUGAAAAUUUUACAUAUUUCAUCGUACCGCUCGCAAAGAAUAUAUAGAUUGUCAUCCCAU